GGUGACGUCACGUUAGUCUGGAACAAAAACAAGCGAGUUGGUGGGCUGGGCUGGGCCCCUCUUUGGUGGCUGCCAUCGCUAAUUUCCAGUAAAAAAAAAAAGCACACAUUUAACCGAAUCCAAGGAGACGUACACAUAACGGGAUGAGGUAGAAGGCGUCACCCGUGUGUGCCGGUUUUCCACCAGUGCACUGAGACAUGGCUUGGAGGAGUCUCCACGUCCUGCUGCUGCUGCUUUUCAAGUGGGCCUUCCAAACAUCAGCUGAGGGCUCAGAUGGGCAGCUCGUGUGCCUGUGCGACAGUACGAAAUGCCUCCAGGACCAGUGCCAGGGUACGCGCUGCUUCUCCUCAGUGCGGGUGGGCUCCAACGGCGUGGUAUUUGAGCGGGGCUGCCUGGAGGGCCCCAAGAAAACGCGCUUACACUGCUCCACACAGCCUUCCUCCCACCAGGCCAUUUCAUGCUGCUCCCAUGACAUGUGCAACCUCAACACGACAAGGAGCUCUGUGAUGGCUCUGCUGCCUUCAGCCCCGCAGGAAGAGCCGGUCGGGUACGGCGUCGGGAUGCUGGUUCUCUUCGUGGUGGGUCCCAUUGUGGUUCUGGCUCUGAUGUCAGUGGCAUUGGCGCUGGCCUGCAGGAGGCUCCACCACGGCCGCCUGCAGAGGCUGCAGGAGUUCGACACUGAGCAGGGGGCCGUCGAGGGCCUCAUCACCUCCAAUGUGGGGGACAGCACUUUAGCGGACUUGCUGGAUCACUCGUGCACAUCGGGGAGUGGUUCAGGUCUUCCAUUCCUGGUCCAGAGGACUGUUGCUCGGCAGAUCAGUCUGGUGGAGUGUGUAGGCAAGGGGAGGUACGGUGAGGUGUGGCGAGGCCAGUGGCAGGGCGAGAAUGUGGCCGUCAAAAUCUUCUCCUCGAGGGAUGAAAAGUCCUGGUUCCGAGAGACUGAGAUCUACAACACAGUGCUCCUGAGACACGAGAACAUCUUGGGCUUCAUGGCGUCUGACAUGACUUCGCGCAACUCCAGCACCCAGCUGUGGCUCAUCACUCACUACCAUGAAAACGGCUCCCUGUACGACUACUUGCAGCGGGUCGCUGUGGAGCCGUCGGAGGGCUUGGCCAUGGGGGCGUCCAUCGCCAGUGGCCUGGUGCAUCUGCACACAGAGAUCUUUGGCACAGAGGGUAAGCCGGCCAUCGCACACCGGGACCUGAAGAGCAAGAACAUCCUGGUGACCAAGGAGCUGCGCUGCUGCAUCGCCGACCUUGGGCUGGCGGUGACCCACUCGCAGGCAGACAACCUGCUGGAUGUGGGCAACAACCCCAAAGUGGGCACCAAGCGCUACAUGGCACCCGAGGUCCUGGACGAGAGCAUACAGACAGACUGCUUUGACGCCUUCAAGAGAGUGGACAUCUGGGCCUUCGGGCUGGUGCUGUGGGAGAUAGCGAGGCGUACGUACAGCAACGGUAUCGUAGAAGACUACAAGCCUCCAUUCUAUGAUCUGGUACCAAAUGACCCAAGUUUUGAGGAGAUGAGGAAGGUGGUGUGUGUGGAACAGCAGAGGCCUUUUAUCCCCAAUCGCUGGUUCUCUGACCCAACACUCUCUGCUUUGGUGAAGCUGAUGAAGGAGUGUUGGUACCAGAACCCAUCAGCCAGGCUGACAGCGCUACGCAUCAAAAAGACCCUGGAUAAGAUCCACAGCUCCCUGGACAAGGUGAAGGACUCGUGAGAGGAGCAUCCCUUCUUCCGUGGUUGCCUUCCACUGACCUUCUUCGGACUGGGCCUUUACAAGACAACACUUUGUAAUGUUCUGCUCUGGCUAGAGACAAUCAGGAGUUAGCCAACAGACUUGGCUAUGUGUACUUAUCUUAACACAUCACUACGGAGGUGAACAUGUCCAUUUGUCAUGGUCAUUGCUCUAAAGCUGAAAAAUAGGAAUACAUCUGCAGAUGAUGUAACAAUCCAAGUCUUCUGUGAAGGGAGAGGAGAGGUCAAGGAAUAUUUGUUUACACUAGUGACUUAUUCUUUUUAAGAUAUGGAGGUUUACUGUCUAGCAAGUGGGGCCUGUGCAUACUCCUCUCGCCUCUCAUCAUGCCUCACUGCACAAACCACCUGAAUAAGGAAAAACAAAACACUCCAUCUUCAGUAGAAAACAUUUUAUUUAUGCCUUGAAGUUGCCUAGGUGUGCGGUUACAGGUGAAUUUGUUCACAAAUGCUCGCUUUUGUUUAUCUUUUUAUAUGUAAUAAAAUAUUUGCUGCACUUCUGUCACA